CACAGGGGGGGACAAAAAGCAAGUUAUUGGGAAUUGUGAUCGCCACAACUCUAUCAGCAACUUUGGUGAUACUAGUUCUUUUUGGAUUUUGUAGAUGUUAUUACAACAGAAGGAAAAAAAGAGAAGAAGAGGAUGACAGCCCAGGAGACCAGUUACUAGAUCUUACUGAGGAUCAUUACAUGGCCGAUGGUUUUGAUGCAGAAAAUAAGGUUGAAUCCAACAAGUUUCCACUCAUCCGGCUAAGUCUCAUUCAAACAGCUACACAACAAUUUUCUAUGGAAAACAAGCUUGGAGAAGGAGGUUUCGGUCCAGUUUAUAAGGGUACACUAGUGGAUGGAAAGGAAAUUGCAGUGAAGAGGCUAUCGAGAAACUCUGGCCAAGGGCUCCAGGAGUUCAAAGCUGAAGUCACUUUAAUUGCAAAACUACAACAUAAGAAUCUUGUAAAACUUUUGGGGUGUUGUUUGGAAGGAAGAGAACUACUUCUUGUCUAUGAUUACAUGCCCAACAAAAGCCUAGAUGUUCACCUCUUUGAUUCAACAAUGGGAGCACAGCUGGAUUGGACGACGCGACUCAGCAUUAUUAAUGGAAUUGCUCGGGGAAUAUUAUAUCUGCAUGAGGAUUCUCGUCUCAGGAUCAUCCACAGGGAUCUCAAAGCCAGCAACAUAUUGUUAGAUCAUGAAAUGAAUCCAAAAAUAUCCGACUUUGGAAUGGCAAGAAUAUUUGGCAGUAAUCAAAUCCAAGCUAAUACAAAUAGAGUUGUGGGAACUUACGGAUACAUGGCCCCCGAGUAUGCUAUGGAAGGAAUCUUUUCGGUUAAAUCAGAUGUUUAUAGUUUCGGAGUUCUCUUGCUAGAGGUCGUCAGUGGGAGAAAAAAUAGCGGCUUUCAUCUUGCCGGAAAUGGCCAUAGCUUGCUAACUUAUACAUGGAACUUGUGGUCUAGUGGUAAAGGACUGGAGCUAAUGGAUCCAUCAUUAUCGGAUACUUACGUAGAAUCCGAAGUGCUGAAAUGCAUUCAGAUUGGACUGCUAUGUGUCCAAGAGGAUCCUGCGGAUAGACCUAUAAUGUCAACUGUAGUUCAUAUGUUAGGAAGCUCUACCAUUCCAGUUCGUCAACCAACACAACCUGCAUUUUCAGUGGGACGAGCUGUGGCGUUCUCUCAACAACGGUCUAUUGAUUUGGAUUCCUCUGUCUCUGCCAGACAAAUUAUGCCAUCGCGUGCCGAAAGUCAUGAAACAGAAUCAUCUGCAAGCAUAUCUCAUCUCACUAUAACAGACAGUUUACCAAGAUGAUGUAGAAGAGUUUUACAUAUCAGCAAUUCAGCAGUAAAUAAAUUCUUUUGCCAGAAGAGCAGUUAAUAACAUCAAACAAGCAUAGGCGUGAUUCCGUCUCGUGUACAAUUGGGUUGGCUAACAUAAUAUGUAUUACUCCUUCCGUCCCACCACAUUCUUUAACGUAAUCUCAACACGUGUACGUAUUUUAAGACUCUCGUUAAGCAUACCAUAAUUUAUUUUGCACAUGUCAUUGUCAUUUUGGUGUUCUGCGCAGCCUCGCUUUCUCCGUGUACUUUCCUGUUUCUUAAUUUUCCACAGGGAUUGAUACAUUGCAUCUUUAAGACCUUGGAUUGUAAUAUAUAUUUAAGUUUGAAAACUUUGUAAUCUAUCUUUUUCCUUCGGUU